AUUCCAUAUUCUAGAAAAAAAUAAUGCCGAAAUCAUUGACUUCCAUGUGCUUAAUUAGUGCUCGCUCCAAGUCUCAAGCAGAGUAAUCAACCACCAUGGAGGUCGCGCCCCUGCCCCUCCUCUUCUUGGUGCUCCUUCCGGCGGUGGUCGCCUCCGUCGGGGAGACGGCGCACCCGGGCUACGCGCACGCCGAGUGCGGCGUGGCAUCUCCGGCUUUGCCAGAGCGGCAGGAGGAGUUCGACGGCGGCCGGAUCGUGGACAUCAGCCACUACUACCGCGAUGACAUGCCGGCGUGGGAGUCCGGCGAGGGCGUCGGCGAGUUCCUGCGGCUGGCGCGGUCCAUGAGCAACGGCUCCGACAUCGCAAACUUCUCCGAGCUCCGCCUCACCGCGCACUCCGGCACGCACGUCGACGCGCCGGGACACGUCUUCCAGCACUACUACGACGCCGGCUUCGACGUGGACACGCUCGACCUCGCCGUCCUCAACGGACCAGCUCUGUUGGUUGAUGUUCCCAGGGAUAAAAACAUAACAGCCAUUGUCAUGGAAUCCCUACGCAUUCCUAAAGGUGUUCGACGUGUGCUCUUUCGAACUCUGAAUACGGACAGAAAGCUCAUGUGGAAGAAAGAGUUCGAUACAAGUUACGUUGGCUUCAUGGAGGAUGGUGCGCAAUGGUUGGUCGACAAUACUGACAUUAAACUAGUGGGAGUUGAUUACUUGUCUGUGGGAGCGUUUGAUGAAUGUAUUCCAGCACAUUUAAUAUUUCUUGAGAAAAGGGAAAUCAUCCUUGUGGAAGCCUUGAACCUGGAGCAUGUUACCCCUGGAAUAUACACUUUGCAUUGCUUGCCACUAAGGUUGCGUGGGGCUGAAGGUUCUCCAGCAAGAUGCAUCCUCGUCAAGUAAUGGAUGCUUACAACUGUCUUAGGAAGUACAUUUGUAUACAAUCUUAUGGCAUGUUUGAUUAUGAAAUAAGAUCAUGUUAACUCACAUUACAACAAAGAGUCAAUCUCCAUCAAAGGUGCAAAUAGAUCGAUGUCAGGGCCCAACUUUCCUUUCUGGAA